AUGGGUGAAAAAAAUGAAGAAAUAUCAGAUGAAUAUGAAGAGAAACAAGAAAAUGUCAGUGAUGUAAUACUACCUUUAAAGAAGAGCACAAAACGAUGUUGUUAUUGUGAGAAAAGUGGAACUUAUUUGGAAAUGACGAAAGUUACAGCAAAUCGAGAACAAUUGAUUGAAUGGAUUCGAAUUCUUGGUCGAAAGUUUUAUGAAAAUAUUAGCGGAAAAUCGAAAAGAUAUAUUUGUAGAAGUCAUUUUGAAAAUAUUAGUGAAACGAGAUCUCAAUUUGAUUUGCCGGUUAGAAUGAAAGUUGAAGAAGAGGUGAGAUUUUGGAGAAAUUUUAAAAAUUAUUAAAAUGUUUUUAGGCAGAGAAUCCACUAGAAAAUGAUGAAUUCGAAAUUCCUGAUGAUUUUGAUGAGGUUUACAGAAAAGGACAAAGAAUAACAAGAAGAAUAUGCGAUUAUUGCGGAAUAUCCCAACCGAAGAACGAUUUAAAAGUUUGUAAACCAACAAGUCGAGAUUUUGAAAGAUGGGUUGAGAUUAUUGGACCGAAAUUUUAUGAAAGAUCGAUUCGGAAACAAAAGAUUUUUAUUUGUGUAUCUCACCUUCAUUUGCUCAAACAGAAACUUCUCGAUGAAAAUGAUCCGGAAUUGAGAAUGAAGACAAGAAGUCAAAAUAAGCGGAAAAUUGAAAAUGUAUGUCAUUUUGAAAUCCGGAGAAAAUUUGAAAUGAUUUUUGAAUUGGGAAACAGAAAAUGGUCACGUUUUUCCUUUUUUUCGCGUGAAUUUUAGAAUAAAACUUCCUUGGGGUACUGUAGGUUUGUGUGUGUCUGCAUUUCACUGUGCAAACACCACACACAUUGACGACACAUUUUUUCUGUUUUUUUUCAGCGUUUUCAAAAUUUUAAACUUAAAAGUGUUUUACAGGAUGAAGCGAUUUGCGAACAAAAAGUGAUUAAAAUUGAGGAAGAAAAAGAAGAGGAAUCUGUGCAAUUUUCAGUCAAACUUGAAUUGGAGGAAGAGGAAAUAGAAGAAAAAUAUUCGCCAACCGAAGAGAUUGAAAUGCAAUUUUUGGCAGUGAAAGAGGAAUUCAUCGAAGAAGAAGAAGAAUUAGAAUCAAAUAAGGAAAACAUGGAGAGAACCAAUAUUCGCUGCCGUUUUUGUGAUAUUGAAAUGAGUUCAAUUCAAAUGGUUGAAACUCCAACAAAUCCACAAGAUUUAUUGAAAUGGUGUCAAAUUUAUGGGGAAAAAUUCACAGAAAAUGUUUUCAAAUAUUCAGAACCUCACUUUAUUUGUAUGUCUCAUGUUUUUGAGAGAAAUUGUUGAUUUUUUUGUUUUUUUUCUUUGUUAGAAUAAGAUUGUUUUUCUUGUUAUAAGUUGAAUAAUCAGAAGACACCAUUUCGAAUACGGUUUGAUCCGAUAUUAUUUGUAUUUUUUCUUGUUACAGAACGUUUUUUGAAAAUCACAAACAUUGUAGGUUAAUAAUGAAACCUCAAGUUUCUGCAAAACCCUGUUUUGUGUGCCAAUACUGUGACCAGAGGGUUGACCGAAAACAUAUGACUGUAGUUCCAUAUUCUGCGAUUACUCGAGCAAAAUGGAUGGAUAUACUUGGCCCGAACUUUUCCGAAAAUAUGAAGAUAUUUCACCAAAUUGGAGCGAAAAAGUUUGGGCGAAUUUGUUUGGCACAUUUUGAAGGAAAUUUGGAACGAAGAAAACGUAAUCAACUUCCAAUUCGAAUGAGUGAAAAAGAAGAAAAAAUGGCUAGAGUUAAAACACAAAAAAAGUCUAUUAGCGAAGUGGGUUUUCAUGAUUUCAACACUAAUCACCUCAAAUAUUUUCAGAAAUACCGGAAAAGGUCGAGAAUAUGUUGUUAUUGUGAAAAACUUACAAAAGAACAUUGUAUGACAGAAGUUCCGAUCGAUCAAAAUGUUCGUGAAAAAUGGAUUGAAUUACUUGGAAAACGUUUCGCCGAAAAUUUGGAAAACAUUAAGCAACCUAAGAUUUGUCUCACACAUUUCGAAGGAAAUUUGAACCAUCGAAAAAGGAAUCAAUUCCCUGUUGGAAUGAAUGAAGGAACAGAAAAGAAAGAAGAAAUUGAAACAAUCAAUGAUAAUCCAGAAUUGUCAUUUCAUUCAUCAGGAAAUAUACCGCAAAACGAGAAAGUAUAUAAUCAAAUUGAAAUUAGCGUAAGUUUUUGGGAAUACAAAUCUAUUUUUGAAGUUCUUGAAAUAUUAGGGGGGAUCGCAAUAAAACAUUUUAAUCCAACUCUAAACACAAAAGAGGAAUUGACUGACAUGAUCACAAAGCUUGGGACUCUCGAAUUACCGGCUUAGAUUCACAAAAUACAAUAAUUUUCAAAAAUAAAAAUCAAAUUAAAGCUUCCACCUAACUACGAUACUCCACUUUGCCCUUUGUUUAACGGAACGUUUGGUUUUUAUUUUAUUUAUCGAUUUUUUCAACUUUUCGGUUUUUUCUCUCAAAAAAUGUGUGUUUCACAGCGGUUUUUAAGUUCUUCACAAAUCUAUUUUUUUAACGAAACGUUUUCAGCAAAGUAGAAGCAGAAGAGAAAGAAUUUAUCGAAUGUAUAAUGAAGAAUUGGAAAAUAUGGAUUAUGAAUAUGAAGAAGAGUUUAUUAAUGAUAAAAAUGAAAUUGGAUUAUUAAAAGUCAAAAGAGAAGAACCGGAAAUUGUGGAAAAUGAGCGAGUUGCGGUAAGUUGAACUUUAUUUAUUGAAAAAAUUAUGUACUUCUAUAAAUACAUGUUUUUCAGCCGAAUGAAUCACUCGAAAUGGAUUUAUUGCCGAAUGAAAUUGAAAAACCAAACGAGGAACUGGAAAUGAAGUUUGAAAUAAAUCGAGAAGAAUCAUCGAACAUUUGCCGAAUUUGCAAUGUAAUAUUCAACUUAUCAAGUGAGAAAAGAGAGAUUCCAAAGAAAACCAGGGAAUUCUUACAAUGGUCGAAAGUGUUUGGUCGAAAAUUAACAGAUAAUAUUUUUCAAAAUGAUGCACCACAUUUUAUCUGUAUGUCUCAUGUGAGAAACAUUGAAAAUUUGGUUGAGUUUACUUUUUAAUUUUUGUUUUUAUUUUGCUGUUCAAAUUGAAAGUUUUCGGAUGUUUUCGAAAAUUCAAAACCUCAUUUUAUUUGUAUGUCUCAUGUUUUUGAGAAAAAUUGGGAAAAUUGUUGAAUUUUGAAAUUUUUUAAAUAAAGUUUUUGUUGUAAUUUGAAUAUUUUGAAACUCUUAUUUGAAUACGGUUUGGACCGAUAUUAUUUGUAUUAAAAAUUCUAGAUUCUUGGAACAAACAUUUCAGGAUGAAAAAUCGAAAAGUUGGAUUAUCGAAAUCAAUAUCAUGCAUUCACAAUGGAAAAUGCUGUUACUGUGAAAAAUUGGUUGAACGGAAAUGUAUGACUAAUGUCGCAGCAAAUAUCGAAUGCCGUGAAAAAUGGAUUUCAAUACUCGGAAAACAAUUCGCCAACAAUUUGAAGAAAGUUAAACAUCCUAUGAUUUGUCGCGAACAUUUUAAAGGAAAUACUGAACAUCGAUUAAAAUAUCAACUUCCAGUUCGAAUGGGUGAAGAAAAUGAAGAAGAGGAAUGCGAAAAUGAGGUAUAAACCAGAAAUAAAUCGAUAUUUUUAAAGAAAGGAUCUGAAAGUCAUCCAAAAAUGAAUGAAUUUUUGAGAAAUUCGAAAAAGCAGAAGGAAUGUUUCAGAACCCCUGAGUUCAUUUUUUAAUCUGUGAAUUCCUAUAAUGUUUUUGUAAUAAGUAAUCGAAAUUGUAGAUUUGGCAUUUCGAAAUGAUUAAUAGAAGAAAUGGACCGACAGUAAGAUGUCGAUAUUGUGAAAAAUCACUCGAAUCAAAAUAUAUGACACGUGUACCAACAAAUCUCGAAGUUCGUUUACAAUGGAUCGAGAUUCUUGGCCCACGGUUCGCAAAAAAUAUGAAAAUAGUAAAUAAAAAAGCGAUAAAGUAUUUUGGUCACAUUUGUCAUUCACAUUUUGAAGGAAAUUUCAAACAUAGAACAACACAGCUUCCAAUUCGAAUGAAAAAAGAGGAAGAAAAUGAAACACGGAACGAAAAAAGAAUAUUUAAACAAGUAAGUUAACAGGAUGGGUGAUUCGAGAUCUAACAUACUUUGAAAGUUUGAAAGUGCAUAGUAAAACCUCCAAGGAAUUUUUCUCCGAAAAAUGUAAUUUUUCAAGCGGAUUACGUAAUAAAAUUUAGCAAUGGUUUUCCAACAUGUCUUAUUUAAAUGCAUUUUUCUUUUUUUCAGGCAUCUCUAAAUAUUUCUCAUAAUCGAUUAAAAUAUCAACUUCCGGUUCAAAUGGAUGAAGAAAAUGAAGAAGAGGAAAUUGAGAAUGAAGAUGAAAUGGAAGACGAAAAUGAUGAUGAUGAAGAAAAAGAGGAAAAUGCCGAGAAAGAGGCCGAGGAUGAGAUUAAAAUAAAUGCAACAAUUCCAGAAUUGGUAUGGUUUUUUCUAAAUGUUCAACCGAAAGAUCAGAUUCUUUUCAAGACUUCGCAUAAAUUUGAAAUUGUUUUCAGAAUGAAGUUCAAGAUGAUGAAACCGGCUCAAAUGUUCCAUCAACAUCAAGGAUUCCAAAAAACAACGGGAAAAGAGCAACUGGAAAACAAGAAGUCAGAAAGAGGAGAAAAAUCGAUUCAUAUUUUGAAGAAUCAUCGAAAAGAGGAGAAUUGGGUGAAGAACACGAAGAAAAUGACGAUAAGGAAGAUGAGGUUGAAAUGGAUACAACAAUUCAAGAAUUCAACGAUAUUGUGGAGAAUGUUCCGGAAAAACAGGUUGAAAAUCAACAAGAAAAAAUGGAUAUUGAACAAGUUUUCCUAAUGGUAUGAUUUAUUUUAUGAAAGUUUAUUGAAAAUAUUACCCAUAGUGUGUAAUUUACUACUAUGAAUUUCUAGGCCGCAAACUCUUAAAAACUUUUUUGGUAGAUCGAAAAUAGUUUUCUCUAAAUCUCUCACUUUUGCUUUGAAUUUCGUCAACUUUAGUGAAAAAGUUUUUUUUUGUGUGUAAAUUAUGUUUUGCGAUUCUCUAUUUAUCUAGUCUUACUGAUUGGGUUAAAUGUUUUUUUUUAUCAGAACGAAGUUCAAGAUGUUGAAACAAUCUCCAUUGUUCCAUCGACUCCAAAAAACAACGGAAAAAUUGCUUCAGAUGAGCAAGAAAUCAGAAAGAAGAGAAGAAUCGAUUGGAAUUCUGAAAAAUCGUCGAAACGAGGAAAAUUGGAUGAAGAAAUGGGAAGAGAAGUGGUUGAAGAACAGAAAGAAAAUGAUGAUAGAGGAACUAAAGGACAACCAAAAUUGAUGGAUUUAUUGAGAAAUGUUCCAAAAAAGGAGAAAGAAGAUCAUGGAAUUGUAAUUAUUGUAAGUUUAUAUUUUGUGGAGAGUAAAUAUAGAAUUUCUAUGAAUAAUUUCAGCAAAGUCCUCUCAAUGAAAUUCUUGGAGAAUUUGGAAAUAUGGAACAGAAAGAAAAUGAUGAUAGAGGAACUGAAGGACAAGCAAAACUUUUUCUCAAAAAUUAUUUUAAACCGGGCUUGUGGCCAUUCUUAUGGCCACAAUAG